GCCCGCCCGGCUUCUUCUCUCUUGUUGCUUUUCUUCUGGACUCCUCUUAGUCUUGCGCCUGACAAUCAAUUAGUCCGUGCGUGGCAUCGGAUCCUGCUCGCGAUCUAUCCCUAUCCCCAUCUCUCCGAUCUAUUAUACCCCCCACCUUCCCAAUGCUUCAGGUGCCUGUGCGGGAGCACACCAACGUGGCCUCCACCAAGGCCAUCAUCUUGGUCGGUGGUCCCUCCAGAGGAACUCGAUUCCGGCCUCUGUCGCUCGAUGUGCCCAAGCCCCUCUUCGAAGUCGCCGGUCACCCGAUCAUCAACCACUGCCUCAAGGCCCUCGCCAAGAUCCCCGAUAUUCGCGAGGUCAUCCUCGUCGGUUACUACGAUGAGACCGUCUUCCGUGACUUCAUCAAGGACUCCGCCAAGGAGUUCCCCCAGUUCAAGAUGCAAUACCUGCGCGAAUACACCGCUCUGGGCACCGCCGGCGGUCUCUACCACUUCCGCGACGCCAUCCUGAAGGGCAAGCCCGAGCGCAUCUUCGUCCUGAACGCCGACGUCUGCUGCUCUUUCCCCCUGGGCGAGAUGCUCAGGCUGUUCGAAGAGAAGGACGCGGAGGCGGUUAUCCUCGGAACCCGGGUCAACAAUGACGCAGCCACCAACUUCGGCUGCAUCGUGUCCGACUCCCACACCCGACGGGUGCUGCACUACGUCGAGAAGCCCGAGUCGCACAUCUCCAACCUCAUCAACUGCGGCGUCUACCUCUUCGCCACCGAAUGCAUCUUCCCCUCCAUCCGCAGCGCCAUCAAGCGCCGCACCACCCGGCCGCGCCUCGUCUCAUACCCGUCGUCCGAGAACCUCGAGUCCUCCUUCAUCGCCGCCGAGGAUGAGGCAGAGAAGACCGAAGUGCUCCGUCUGGAACAGGACAUCCUCUCCGACCUGGCCGACAGCAACCGCUUCUUCGUCCACGAGACCAAGGACUUCUGGCGCCAGAUCAAGACGGCCGGCUCCGCAGUCCCCGCCAAUGCCCUGUACCUCCAGAAGGCAUUCCAGGCCCAGUCCGAAGAACUCACCCCUCCCUCCGCCACCAUCGUGCCCCCAGUCUUCAUCCACCCCACCGCCACCGUUGACCCGACGGCGAAGCUGGGCCCCAACGUCUCCAUCGGACCCCGCGCCGUCGUCGGCGCCGGUGCGCGCAUCAAGGACUCCAUCGUGCUGGAGGACGCCGAGAUCAAGCACGACGCGUGCGUGCUUCACUCGAUCAUUGGCUGGAGCAGCCGCGUGGGCGCCUGGGCCCGUGUCGAGGGCACUCCGAUCCCCAUGGGCAGCCACUCGACCAGCAUCAUCAAGCACGGCGUCAAGGUGCAGAGCAUCACCAUCCUGGGCAAGGAGUGCGGUGUCGGCGAUGAGGUGCGGGUACAGAACUGUGUAUGUCUGCCAUACAAGGAACUGAAGCGCGACGUUUCCAACGAGGUUAUUAUGUAAAUCGAGCGUGUAAUGAUUUUGGAUGUGACUGGCACAUGGCAUAUCUGUUGUGAUCUUUCUUAUAUCUCAAUCCAUUAUUCUGGCUAAUUGUUCAUUUGUCGAGCUGCCGGGCUGCACGCCUUAGACUUAGCCUGCCUGCCUGCUUCCUAACUUCCUAGACUGGGACUAAGCGCCCCUCAAAAUACCACCAUGU